AUGCUCAAUUACCGACACCUCGCUGAACAACAUGUCAAGCGUAGUUUCCCCCGCCGGGCAGAGCAUCUGGGCUCCUUGCUACGUCCUGCAGAAUUUCUAGACACUCUCAAAAAGGAGCAGAAUCCUAAGAUCAGAGAGCAAGUUGAAAAUCGUGAGAUUGAAACCAUUGUGAAAGACCAACUCAAUCUCGGAUUCAGAGUUGUGAAUGAUGGAGAGUAUCGACGAACUCUUUUUUGGGGCUCUUUCUUUGAGAGUCUGUCUGGAUUUGAGGAAGUUCCCAUGGUCGAAAGUGCCCUUCGCACCUAUUCACCGAAGGUCACAGCUCUGCUAGAAUACCACAUACCGACUACUCUUAUCUGUACCAGCAAAAUCGAACACAAGGGAGAUAGUCCACACCUAAGGGAAUUCCUUUACUUGAAAUCAAUCGUUCCUGCUGAUCGAAUUGGUGAUAUUAAAAUCACCAUUCCUCCACCUCACUGGUAUCAUCUGCGAUACAAGCAUGGCCAAGCUUAUCUGGAUGGUGUUUACGCGUCCGAAGAAGAAUACUUUCAAGAUCUAGCCGCCGCCUAUCGUAAAGAGCUGCAAAUCUUGUAUGAUGCCGGUCUGCGGAGGGUCCAGUUUGAUGACCCCGAUCUUUCCUAUUUCUGCUCCAGCAACGUUAUUGAAGCAUGGGGCCUGGACACCACAAACAAGCAGUCAACAACCGAGUUACUCACCUCCUAUAUCGAGUUAUACAAUGACUGUCUGAAAGAUGUCAAUGCCGACAUGCAUAUCGGUAUUCAUGUUUGUCGGGGUAACUUCACCGACAGUCGAUACUGGUCCGCAGGAGGUUACGAUGCCAUUGCCAGUCAACUAUUCAGGGAUCUGAAUGUUCAUACCUACUACCUGGAGUUCGAUACUCCCCGAGCAGGCGGAUUUGAGCCCUUGCAAGCUUUGCCUCUCAACAAAAACGUGGUUCUUGGCGUUAUUUCUACAAAGUCGUCACAGCUGGAGGACAUUGGUGAACUCAGAGAACGGGUGUUUCAAGCUGCAGAGUUCAUCGCGAAAGGAAAUAAUAUCAGUCUUGAACAGAGCCUUCAAAGACUUGGUGUUAGUCCUCAAUGUGGGUUUGCCAGCAACAGCCAUGAGAACAGACUCACAAAACACAACAUGUUGGACAAAUUGAACUUGGUGCGGGAAUUGGCCAAUUCCAUCUGGCCUGGAGAAGCAUAG